CUGUGCAUAACCAGGGACUUUCUAUAAGGUAUGCUUGUAAUGUCAACCAUUCCUGAAUCAACAGUAAAUUGUACUUCUUAGGAAUUAAGUUUUUCAUUUAUCCUCGUUGGUUUUUCGACGAUAAUGUGAGCCUCGGGCCGACCAGUGACCAGCAAGUUGCAAGUAUCCUGAAUUCAGAACGUAGCAGAUACCUUUUUUUACGACCACCCCCGCCCUUUCUCUCUCUCUCUCUCUAAUGCUCACUACCGUUUAUUAUCUUUACUUCCAUGGGUAAUUGCAGUCAGAUGCUCAGUGAGAGAUAUAGAGCGCGAGGAAGCUUGUCUGACCUCCUCAAAGGGGGAUGGGAUGUCGCGCCAGAUGCACGAUACUGGCGGCGCUCUGUAGCGUGACAACGUAUCUCCAGCGGCAAUGGACUUAUAAUACCGUUAUCCCAGCCACCGCUACACCUUCAUGGCUGCGAGCUUCACUAUCCCAGCCUCCGCUACACCAUCUCUCAACCCCGCUACGCUCUCGCACACACACAUACACUCCCUCCUCCCUCAUUUUGCAUCGCGGCUCCAUGAGUUCGGUUUCCUUCCAACGUGUCGGUCUUACUCUUGAAAUUCAGUGUAACUAAUCUGAUACGUUUUCAGAUUGUGGAUGUGGUCAGGAUAUUCUGCAGACCGCCUUGCGUUGCAAAAUAUAGCCAUACAUUUCGUAUUGAACAAAAAUUUGCUUGGAAACUCGAAAAGGUAAUGUGAAAUGUAUUUUCGUGUUUACUCAAUCUCCUUAAAGCUGUGGUAGACUCUGGAAACUUCCGUGAAGUACACAAACAAGUUGUUGUGGAUUUUUUUUUUUUUUUUGUUAAUCAGUGCCAUUCUGAACUUCAUCUAUAAAUAUCCCAGUUGUAUAAACGGUGAAAAACAUGGAAAACAAACUGUUGGUGAAGACUGGAGGUCCACUACGGUGGUUCAGACGUGAUUUGGUGAUGAUGGUCAUCCUCUCCCUCGUCCCUACAACCUCCGCCACCUCCUCCUACAGUGUCGUCUCUACCCAGAAUGACCCACGUCACCUGCCCAUUUCCAACGUUAUGUCGGUGGAUGAAAAUUCUUUAUUAGAUCUCAAACAGGACUGGGACCAAUCUCAAAACUUCCAGGAAGAUGACUACCUCCUACAGGAAGACAAGUAUCCUUCUCGAGACUCCCAGGAAGGAGACAGCCUGGUGCAGGGGGAUGAAUAUCCUUCUCAAGACCCCCGGGAAAGCGAAUACUUCCCUCAGGAUGAGGAGGAUCCCUCUCAGGUCCUUCAGAAAGGAAACUACGUCAUGAAGAAUGAUGAACAUUCUCAGGACUCCCAAGAAGAGAAGGCCCUCUCUCAGGGCCCUCAGGACGAAGAUUUCUUCAGGCAGGAUGACGAAGACUUCCAUCUGGCAGCCAUAAUCUGGCCGGAAGAAGAGUACCCUACCAGCGACUUCGAAGAGGCACUUCGAGCCACGUUUACCUCAAAAGACGACAACGAAGCGCCCUUCGAGAAGCUAGUGGGAUUCCAACCUUCCAGUGACCUCGAAGACAUUCUUCUAGACUUGAUCACUUCGGGAGAUGCAGACGAGGCGUCUUCUGAGAGCCUAGAAGGAGACUUGGAAGCCACAGCUGCACCAGCAGACACCACCAACACGCAGCAACUGCUCAAGGAAGAUACAAUUUUGCAGUCAAUAAGAAGCAAAGUGCUUUAUUACCUAGAGCGCGAGGGACAGCACUUAGGUAGAGAGUACAACAACAUGAACCUGCCUUCCGUAGAGGUGGCCCUACUCUCCCUCGCCUUCCUCACUUUCGUUGUAUUCAUCGUUGACCUGGUCCAGGACCUGCUGACUGGCAGCAGCAGCAGCGGGCGCAAGCGUGCUGCUGACGACGCUGACGACAGCUUGGCUGAUCUGAUUGUGCUGACGCUGUCGUCGCUUGACACCGUCUCCUACGGCAGGGAACACCCGGACUGUGGCAGGAAGCUGCUGUGUCACCUCAACCGCUCUGGCUGGCACAGUGGAGUCCUCGGAACCGCCUCCAACUACUUCGUCAGCCUGGUGUUGACAGUGUUCUCGCCAGCCUCAGACUUCCAAAGGUACGUGGACGCCGCCGACUAUGGUCGCCAGAACGACGAGUGUGCUGACCGCUAUUCUUCCUGCCCGUCCGUCCUGGGUGACCUGCUGCCCUCUACCCCGUGAUCUGCUGCCCUCUACCCUGUGAUCUGCUGCCCUCUACCUCGUGACCUGCUGCCCUCUACCCCGUGAUCUGCUGCCCUCUACCCUGUGAUCUGCUGCCCUCUACCCUGUGAUCUGCUGCCCUCUACCCCGUGAUCUGCUGCCCUCUACCCUGUGAUCUGCUGCCCUCUACCUCGUGAUCUGCUGCCCUCUAUCCUGUGAUCUGCUGCCCUCUACCCCGUGAUCUGCUGCCCUCUACCCUGUGAUCUGCUGCCCUCUACCUCGUGAUCUGCUGCCCUCUACCCCGUGAUCUGCUGUCCCCCUGACCACCACUCCUGCCCGUCCGUCCUGGGUGACCUGCUGCAUUCCACCCCGUGACCUGACCCUUCUGACCACUACUCAUCCUUCCCCUUCAUCCAUGCAGCAACAGAGGUUGACACUCUCACUAAAACGGUAGUCGUUCUCACUACAAGAACGGCAGUCAUUCUCACUACAAGAACAGCAGUCGUUCUCACUACAAGAACGGCAGUCAUUCUCACUACAAGAACGGCAGUCGUUCUCAAUACAUCAACACCUAAGCGAUAUGACUAGACUAACCAUUACACUAGUCAUGCAUUUAACUAAACUAACUUCGAAUGACUGAUGGUUAGGUAUGCUUGUUAUUGACGUGUGUGACUCGCCUAGUUGUGAUUGCAGGGGUCGAGUUACAGCUCUUGGCCCCGUGUGUGUGUGCUUUGUAAUGUUUAUACUAAGUACGUGAAGAUAUUUACUUGCGUACGUUGAUGUACAUAUAUAUUUUAACAUAUUUAUAAGUAGUGUAAUUAUGUUUGCGUGUGUGUGUUGAUCUCACCAACUAACAGCAUCCUUGAUGCACAGUGUAACUCUGUAAUACACACUAAAUGUAAGGCCUUAGUACACGCCUGGUGUAAUACCACACAGGGUAUUCAUGAGUCACCUAGUGUGAUCCCUCAGUGUAAUCCUUCACUACCGCCUAGUGUGAUCCCUCAGUGUAUCCUUCAGUACCGCCUAGUGUAAUUCCUCAGUACCGCCUAGCGUCAUCCAUCUCUACCGCCUAGUGUGAUCCCUCAGUAUAAUGCCUCAGUAACGCCUAGUGUGAUCCCUCAGUAUAAUGCCUCAGUAACACCUAGUGUGAUCCCUCAGUAUAAUGCC